AUGGCGCGCCUCCACCUCGUGGCCGUGGCAAUGGCCAUGCUCUUGUCCGUCGCGACGGCGCAGGCACCAGGCGCGUCCCCGACGCUGGCGCCCAGGGCGCAGCCUCCGGCGACCCCGCCGCCGCCGCCGUCGCCUCCUCGUGGGGCGCCGGCGCCAGCCCCGGCGUCUCCCCCCGCGACGCCUCCCCCGGCCUCCGCUCCCGCGUCCUCUCCGACGCAGAAGCCCGCCCCGGCCCCGGCGCCGGCGCCCAAGGCCACGGCACCCGCCCCGGAGAUCCCCGCCUCGCCGCCGGCGCCGAGCUCGAUCGGGCAGACGCCGACGGAGGCCCCGACCUCCCCUCCGCCGCCCAGCGCCGCGUCCAGCGUCUCCCCCGCCUUGUUCCUGGUCGCCGCUGUGGCGGUCGGCGUGUUUUUCUUCUGA